AUGGGUUUAUCUACUGGAAGUGGUGUUUUACCAGAUGGUCCACUCAAUGCUGCUGUUGGAGGUAAAGUAUUGAUAGAAACAAACUUGAAUCCACCUGAGACACCUUUUACAUUGGUUACCUGGGAAUGUGGUAUUUUAACACCUUCCCCCAUAAUAAACUCACCUAAUCCUGAUUCAAACAUAAUUGUACCAGAAUAUGAAGGUAGGAUCACCCUCUUCAGAUCUACUGGAUCUCUGGAGCUCAGGGAUCUGAAACUCAAUCACAGUGGAGAAUACAAAGUUAGCGUUUUUCCUGCUGGAGCGCUAUCAAAGUCAGGAGAGACCUCUCUGCAGAUAUAUGAACCAGUCUCUGGUGUAACCGUCUCCCCACUAAGUGCAGACUUGGUUGAAUUCAACAGCUCAGUCCGUCUAUCUUGCUCCUCCUCCUCUGGAUCUUCUCUCUCAUUCCGCUGGUUGAACAGCAGCUCUGAGGUUACUCCCAGUGACAGGGUUAACAUCACUGAUGGAGGAGCAAAUCUGACUAUAGUUAAUGUGACCCGCUAUGACCAGGGAACAUACCGCUGUAAUGUGUCUAAUCCUGUGUCCUCUAUCAGCAGUGCUCCAAUAGAAAUCAGUGUCAAUGGGCCAGACAAUGUAAGAUCAGAAGUGAAACCAUCAGGAGAACAUCAUAAGACUGGGUCAAACAUCAGUCUGACCUGCUCUGCUGAUUCAAGACCUGCUGAAUAUCAGUGGUUUCUGAAUGGAGACGCUCUGCCUACAAUUGGACCAGAACUCAGACUGAUGAACAUUCAGAUGAGUCACAGUGGAAACUACAGCUGUCAGGCCUUUAACAGGAAAACCCUGAGAUACCAAACAUCUCCACCUUCAGCUGUCUAUGUUCAUGCUGGGCAUCACCAAUCGUGA